AUGUCGCAAAACAUUCGCUGCCUCUGUUUCCGCAACCACCCCAUCAAACAACGCAAUCCCAGCCGCCGUGACACCAAUGUCAACCACAACCAGGCCCCAAGCGCCCAGCAGGCACCGCAGGGCCUCAACCAGCACCCAAGCCAAGUCACAACAGCGACGGAGCCAAUGGACAGCACCAGCGCCCACAACGCCAACGCCAGCGGCGCGAUUGCUGCGCCCUUGACUGUGAACGUGAGCGGCCCCGAUGCAGCGAGCCGGCAUGCUGCCAUGGCGGACGUUAUUGUGAGCGGUACAACGGAGGAAGAGGCGUUUUUCCUGACAGACCUUGGCGACGUGUGCCGCAAGCACAAGCGGUGGCAGGCACACCUGCCGAUGGUGGAGCCGUUCUAUGCGGUCAAGUGCAACAGUGAUCCCGCCAUCUUGGGCACGCUGGCGGCCUUGGGGGCCAACUUUGACUGCGCGUCGCUGGGCGAGAUCCAGGCCAUCCUCAACCUUGGUGUUAGCUCCGACCGCGUCAUCUUUGCCAACCCGUGCAAGGCCAUCGCUCACCUGCGCUUUGCGAAGCAGGUCGGCGUUCGCAUGAUGACCUUUGACAACGAGUUUGAGCUGCUCAAGAUUGCCAAGCAUUACCCGGGGGCCGCCCUCGUGCUUCGCGUGCUCGCGGACGACUCGCGAUCUGCGUGCCGCCUCGGCCUCAAGUUUGGCGCAGACCCGGCUGUCACCGGCCACCUGCUGCAGCUGGCCCGCCAGCUUGGACUGGACGUGGUAGGGGUGAGCUUCCACGUUGGGAGCGGCGCCACAGACGCGCGCGCGUUUGCCGAUGCGGUUGCACGCGCGCGCGCUGUGUUUGACGAGGCAGCAGCCCUCGGCUUCAGCCCGCACCUGCUUGAUGUUGGGGGCGGUUUCCCGGGAGAUGAUCCCGCUGCGACGCCAGCGGCCGCAGUCCGGUUUGAGGACAUUGCGCGUGAGCUCCGCAGCGCCUUUGCAGAGCACUUCCCGCCCUCGGCGGUGCCUGGUCUCCGCAUUAUUGCUGAGCCGGGCUGGUACUAUGUUGCGUCCGCCAGCUCGCUGGCUGUCUGCAUCACUUCCAAGCGCCGCGUGGUGGAUGUGACGGCCACCACACCAACGGCAACGACGGGUGCGACGCCUACGACGCCUGCGAGCAACGCCACCCCCCACCCCGCCACUGAGCCGCCACCAAAGUUCAUGUACUACGUGAAUGACGGCGUGUACCAGUCGUUCAACUGUAUCAUCUUCGACCACGCGCGUGUGCAAGCGCAGGUGCUGUACACGGGCAACGGCGUGCCGGCCAUGGACGACGAGCACCUUGCCGCCGCUGUUUUGCACGAGAGCAGCGUGUGGGGCCCCACGUGCGACUCCAUCGACUGCGUGCAGGCGUCGACGAUGCUGCCGGAGCUGGAUGUGGGCGACUGGCUUGUCUUUGACAACAUGGGCGCGUACACCUCGUGCGCUGCCAGCACGUUCAACGGCUUUGCGCUCACCAAGCACGUGUACACCUUCAGCCAUGUCCUUGUUGACCUGCAACGCGUCCCCGCCGCGGACGGCAUCGCGCACGUGCCUGCGGCCUUGCCACUUGCCGCCGGAUUUGCUGUUGCGCCAUCCGCCGCCACCACGCCUGCGGUGACUGCCACCCUUGGCGCCGCCACCGCUGCCAUUGCGAGAGCACCCAAGCCAGUUGGCCAUGCCGUGCCCAUCCCCACACCUGUCAGCUAG